AUGCCAAGAAUUGGCUCAGAAUAUGGGACUCUUGUAGGAGUUACGGGGCUGGUAGGACAAUUCAUGUCCAUUGCUGCUGGGGGCCGCAAAGUUGUUUGCCAACUGACCCCUGCGGGUGAGCUGGCCAAUUGCCCAGCUCCUCCAUCUGUUGAUGAAGCGUGCCCUAACAUGCCGAGAUGGGUUUACUUCAUGUGGCAAGCUUUGUAUAAUAUGCACGGCGUACAUUACGCGAUCGUUGGUGUCCUUACGGCCGACACUGCAUAUGAGCUUGGGCAGACUUCGUUAAUUGUGGGGGAUUUUUCGAAACAAGACAGUGACGAUGCAGCGCUUGCCAUAUUUUUAUCCAUCCUAGGCUCAUUAUCUACCGUCUUUGGAAUUGGACUUGCCAUUAAAGGGAUUGGAACUGCCGCGUCGAUAGGAAUGCGAGCCGGAGAUGUAGCCAAAGCCGGUCGAGUGGGCAGCGCAGGCACCAAGGUUCCAGGGAGUGCAGCAGAAGCUUCACCAACGGUCGUCCAGCCAGGUGCAAAUCAACCACAUGUACAGCCUAAUUCAGAUCGAGAUCCUGAUGCCAUUGAAGUAGCACCACCACCGACUGGAGGCAACAAUGGGGGCAAUACGGGCGCUGGCUCUGAGGCAAUAAUCCCCGUUUUUACAAAGCCAGAUAAGAAGAACCCCAGGAUAUCAGACUCCGGUUGGAUUGGUAAUGCUGGGUUUGUUGCGCCUGGUGUUUUGUGCGGAAUUCCUGAGGCAAAGAUUUUGAUGGAUGGCGCUGCCGUGACAACUUACAUGAAAAACCAUUCCUUGAUAAUACAAGACACGAAUGAUAGGUUAAUGACCUUUGACGUUGGCGAUGUCAAUGCCACAAAUCAGCUACUUGACGUGAUGAAAGGCGGAAAAUACGUGGAGGUUAUCUGGGAUCGGUUCCUUUACGAAACGGCUAUCGCUGCAGAUGUAAUUUCAAGGCAAGUCAACAACAUCUGGUUAGGAGGUGCAGGGUGUGUAGACGAGAUUUUCUUCCUUCGUAAGCAGGCGAGGCUAAUCAGAUGCAGAUACAAUGUCCAUGUGUCAUAUACGUUCCUAGACGACGACGAAGUUUCAUCUAAGUGCCAGGCGUUGACAGAGAUGGCACCAAAUACCACACAGUACUGCGCUGACAAAGGAGUGUACUGGAUGUCAGCAUUGAAAACAAGUCGCAACCCGCCUCUCACGGCACCUCAAGGUUUCGACAAGAUGCCAACAUACGGUAUCGAUCAAUGGUGGCCUACAGCAGGAUCUGCAAAGGCAUACCGCGCGCUGAACCCAGAUCCGUAUGCAAACCCCCCAACAAUCAUGCCGAAAGACGACCUGGCAUUUUCCAAGUACGUGGAAGACUGGGCCUCCAAUAACACGUAUGAUCUGCUUGAACUCAUUGGCACAACCCCGGGUACAUGGACUUUGCCAGUGUGCGAUCAAGGCAGAAAUUUUUGGACCUAUGAUUGGUCAAAUUCUGGUGGAUACCAACCGCCAUCGCUAAGUGGCUAUGUCCCUUGGCCCUGUGCUUGCGGCUACAAAGGCACAGGAACCAAAGCUUUUUGGGAUGUCAUGCAGUUUGGCAUAAAUGAUCUAGAGUCGGUAGUGUCAUUAUGUGCAUUACAACUAAUGAACAUAGAUCCUUAUCUGGAAGAAAGGGAGGAAAAUAUUGGAUAUAACGCGAUCGUAGGAGGCAAGCCUGAUACCAUUAUUUAUGGUGACUGUAAGGAAUGUACCCUUACUGCUCCGGCGACGCUCCCUACCAAAUUGUGUCGGAGUGGAGCGGGUGGUUGUACCAACUAUCCUGAAGGCAUGGCCCCCGGUGAUCAAUGCAAGCCUGCUAUUGUGUGCAAAGAAUGA